UUUUUUUUUUUUUUCUUCCUCUUUGAUUAUUGUUUAAAUGGAUUUGAUCUUUUGCUGAUGACAAGUUUUUUUUCCUAGCAUGCGAUGGUUACUAAACUGUGAGCAAAAGGUGCUGCUGGGGCCGGGAGUCACUGGGAAUGAAAAACGAUAAUAUUAAUAACACAGACUUGCCAGUCCAGCAACAACUGAUAUACAUUUAGUAGCUAUAUAUCUAUAUAUGCAACUGGUUUUGUUGUGGCACGGAAAAGCGAUGUGAAAUAUGAUGCUUAUUUUUUAAGGAUAAGAGAAAAGGCAUGUUUCUAACUCUUUUUGCAGAGGAUUUUUUUUUUUCUGGUGUUGUUUUAUUUUUAUUUUUGGGUGUUUUUUAAGGGCUUUUUUUUCCAUAAAGAGAUGGGAAUUGCAAAUGCAUUUUACAGCAAUGUUUACACAGAGUUUGUAAUCUUGCAAUACUGGUGGAAGCCACAGAGCAAGAUGUUAAUUUUAUUAUUUUUGUUACUGUUCCUUUUUUUUUCUUUUUUCUUUUUUUUUUUUAACAGUGCAAUCAGCAGGGUUUUUUUUUGUUUUUCCUCUUCUUCAGUUUUUGAUGCCUGUUUAUAAUGUGAAACUUUUCUUGCAGCAUGUUGCAGUCAUCAUUUUUAAAUACUUUUUUUUCCUCUCUAAAGAUAACAAAGCAAAACAGAAAGCCAAAGAGAUGAUCCUUACUUUUGCACAUUUUGCACCUUCACUUUUUAUUCUUUUGCCAGCAGUGUUUUAUGAUGGUUAUUGUUAUCAUGAUGAUGAUGAUGAUAUAUAUAUACAUAUAUACAAAUAAAUACAUUUUCAAAUGAUGGCAGUGGAAGGUUUUCCUGGAGAAUGAAGUGCGGUUUGGUUUCCUUGUCAACGGAAGAUGAAGUGAACAACUGAACAUCUCCCCAGUGCAGGUUUAAAGCCAAGUGAUCCAACCAUGACUGGCAAAACACAGACCAGCAAUGUCACCAAUAAGAACGACCCAAAGUCCAUCAAUUCCAGAGUCUUCAUCGGUAAUCUGAACACAGCUAUUGUCAAAAAAGGUGACAUUGAAGCAAUCUUUGCCAAGUAUGGGAAAAUAGUGGGCUGCUCAGUGCACAAAGGUUAUGCGUUCGUACAGUACAUGAGCGAGAGGCACGCGAGGGCUGCGGUGGCAGGAGAGAAUGCCAGGAUCAUUGCAGGGCAGCCACUAGAUAUCAACAUGGCAGGAGAACCAAAACCAUACAGACCAAAACCCGGCAACAAGCGGCCACUUUCAGCACUUUACAGACUUGAAUCAAAGGAGCCUUUCCUGUCCGUUGGCGGUUAUGUCUUUGAUUAUGAUUACUACAGAGAUGAUUUCUACAAUCGGUUGUUUGAUUACCAUGGCCGUGUCCCCCCGCCACCCCGUGCAGUGAUUCCACUCAAACGUCCUCGUGUGGCUGUGACAACAACUCGUAGAGGCAAAGGGGUUUUCUCCAUGAAGGGAGCAUCACGAUCCACUUCAAGUGGGGCUUCAUCCUCAGGAUCCAAAUCACCCACCCGUCUUCCCCUGCCCCUUAUGUGGAGUGAUACUGUCCUUGGAAGCGUCACUGGAAGAGGAAGAGAAAGAUCAGUGAAAUCAGAUGAGUUGCAAACAAUCAAGAAAGAAUUAACUCAAAUCAAAACAAAAAUUGACUCCUUGCUAGGGAGACUGGAAAAGAUUGAAAAGCAGCAAAAAGCUGAAGCAGAAGCUCAAAAGAAACAAAUGGAAGAUCAUGCUGAUUUGAUUCAAGAGGAAUGCAUAUCAGAGAAUGCAGAUAACUCUACGGAAGAGCCAAUUGAAGGAGGGCCAGAUGCAGAUGGGGAUGGAGAAGAUAUGACUGAUGGGAUAGAGGAGGAUUUUGAUGAGGAUGGCAGCAAUGAGCUGUUUCUACAGAUCAAGUGAUGAGAUGUCAUGUGUGAACCCCCUGAAGGCUGAGAAGAAAUACUCUGACUUCCCCACAGAAAAUUGUGAACUGCAGUUUCUUACUGGCUGACAACACCUUUGAUUCAAUUUGUAUGAAACUCAAUUUACUUAUUAAAAUGGACAUUAUUGUUCAAAUAUCAGAAACUCCAUUUCUUAUAUGUUCUAAGCUGUACAAUUGUCAAAUUUUUAUGGUUUAGAUUGUAAAUGUGGUUUUCUCUGGCUAAUUAUUGGUAUUAUUUUUUUAAUUUUGAUGUCUUAAAGGCCAAUGUACUGUAUCAUAAUAAUAUGAAGGACGUAUUUAACAGGUGUGGAAAACACUGUAUACAAAUGUAUAUUUCUAAAAGCUAUUUUUAUGAUUAGCACGUUUUACUGUUUUACCAUAUUUAGAGUCAGGUGAUAUUGCACUUCCUUGUUUACCGCUUAAUUCAAACAAGACCAUUUUGAUCAGUGCCACGCUUAAAUACACUGUAUGGUAUUUCCAAUUAUUUUAUUCAAUUUAAUUGUCAUUGGAAAUAAUUAGAUUUGAUAAUAGAAUAGCUUCUAAAAAGUGAAAAUGUCAAAAUAAGAGAGCAAUCCUUGAUAAACUGUAAAUUAAAUCCUCCUGUAAAUCCCUUUAUUCAGAUAAGCCCUCUCUGUGAUGCCAUUCAUCAGACAGUAGUUACAGCUGUACUUGCAAAUCUCUAAAGGCAGUUUGUUGCUACCAUAUGGAAAGUCAGUCAGCCUCCUGUCUAGCCAGGAAAAUUACUUUUAACCUGCCAAUAUCUGACAGCCUGAGUUAGCCUACUUAUUACUUUUUUGGGUUAUUUUCUGGCAGAAGUCUUUCCACCCACAAACUCCUAAGGCCCUCCUAAAAGCCUAAAGUUGGAAUAAUUACAUAUGUUUUAGGGGGAAUCUCAGUAUAGAAUUUCUUAAUAAAUCAUAUUUCCCUUAAAACAGAAUGGAUGCAUUAUUUCUCUUGUGUUACUGAGACAUUAAAGAUAUCAGAGCAUAUGGGCACAAUGACGUCUUCCCCUAUAGAAGUACCAACUUUAAUACCAGUACCAGUUCACCAUCCCAAAAUCAGACCUCUUUACCAUUGCAGAUGACCUGAAACAAGGAAUAUGUAUUUAUUCAUCCACAUUUUUAUGCAAGUGGUACUCAUAUAGAAAGAGACAUGUCUUUAAAGUGAUUGCAGGGUAAAUAAAUUAUUUAUUAGCUACAACCUCCCAAGAGGGAGAGGCAUUAACUUAGGAAGUAUCUUACACAUUCAACUGGAGCACAGACGCAGCUGUGUGCCAGUCUGCAGCACUGAGCCCUGACCACUGAGCUCCAUGACUAGCGAACUUGCUAUUUCGGGUCAUCCAGCCCUACAAAGAUGAACUCUUGCCUUGCCCUUUCAAAUGUUCUCUGUAGGCUGAAAACAAAAGAAAAAAAUAGGUACCAGAAAGACUUUUAAAAAGAUCUAACAUUAAAUUUCUGUUUAAAAAAUCAUUUUCUGAGAUGACAAGUUCAGCUCAAGCAGUGAGGGUGUCAGUGGGUGGAAGCUCAAGGUCUCUGGUCAGGUUUCUGUCAUGAGGACCAUCAUCAAAGAAGGACUGAUAUUCUUCAAAUAUUUGGAAGAAAAUCAUACAUUUUAAUUUAAUUAUCUAUUACUGAGUGAGAUCUUUUUUCACUAGGCAGCUAUGUGACAUUGCACUCUCAAUUACAUUUGUGUACCUUAUAUUUAGCUUGUCUAUUGUGUGUGGAGUUACAUGAUUUACAUAAGUGCUGAGUAGUACCUAGAUCCUUAAAUAAGGAAAGACUAGUAUGAGUAGUUACACCUGAGCAUAAAGAACAACAGCUUCAGAAUUUAUCAGGACUGACUCUGAGAAAAGUGCAGCAAAAAUAUAUUACUCCUGUGUAAGUGAAAUGUUAGGUCAAAUCAGAGGUAGAAAUACUUCUCCACUUUCUAUCUCUUAAUAUUGCUUAUGAAGAUUUUUAAAGGUACAAAUGCAGAAAGAAUUGCCAUUUGGGGAUUUUUGUCUUUGGCUGACAGUUUGAAAAAAAAAGAACUCCAAACCUCAGCAGCUCAUGGGGAAUUUGUUCCAUUUAAAUCACAUAAACUGUUGGCUGACUUAAAAGAUGCAGAAUAUCAUCCAAGGAGAUCAGUUCUGAUAUUGGUGUUAAUAAACUAGAUAUGAGAAACAUCUAGGUAUAUUGUCUCCUCACCACCAAAAUGAGCUAACCAUUCCAAAUGAGCUAACACCCACAGAAAGCACUCUGAGAUUUUUACACAUUUUUUACAAUUCUUUUAGAUUAUAAACUCACAGAAAUGAUUGGACAUUCAUAAAGUUUACACAGAUUCACACCACAGUUUAAGUCCUGAAUAUAUUUUGAACACAAAAGUCACCUUUGACAGCACCAUGAGGCACCGUUUCAUUUGCAAGGCAGAAGAUUGUUACCCCAUGAAGUCUAUUACUAGUAAUGUUUCUCAAUGGCAUGUUUGCUUAAAAUCACUCCAGAGGAUGCUGGUAGCUUCGACAGAGCUUAAUAGUUCUCUGCUGUCCAUGUAUGCAGUAUGCUCAGUGCUGUUUGCCAUCACCUGUUACCUGUUUGACAUAAGUUUUGUCAAUUGUGGGAUUUUUCAACAUUGCUCAUCCCUUGCAAUAUGGAAUAGGAAAUAUAAAAGAUCUUGUCAAUCAGUUUGGACAGUCAACAGUCAUAAAAUCCUUUACAAACAGUCCUGAAUCAAACCAAUUCAUUUUCUACACAGAUCUAUAUGCUCUGUGUAUUUCAGAUAUUUGUUUCACACUUGGGCAGCUGCAUGAAUGGAAAAUAUUUACAAAAAAGCUUUAAAGUUUGGAUCAAGAAAAAAUAUUUUUACUUUUGUAAACUCUUGUAUUACAUAUUGUUGCAGUUCCUAUUGGUUUUCUCUGUAGAUCCAUUUUUAGUUCUGAAAAAUCACUGUACUUAAACUAUGUAGAUAACUGUAAUCUUGUUGGCAGUCCUAUUUUUAAUUGGUGCCACUGCAAUUUAGAAUUGAAACACUCUGAGUUUUCCCAUUAGAGGAGAUUGAUGGUUCAUUUCAGUUUUCUUUAAAAUGUUGUAACAUAAUUUUUACAUGUCUGUAAAUAAAUAUUUUCUCUGAUUUAUGCACUAA